ACUUUUUCGCGAGCGCCUGGCGGGGCCCGGGCCCGAGUAUAAAAGCCGGGGGCGCCGGCAGGACCGGCAUCAGUCGUCUACGUUCACCCAACGUUGGACCUUCCAACUCAACUCCAAGCCAGAAUGAGGGGAUUCGUGGUGUGUUGUCUGCUGGUGGCCGCGGCCGUGCCCGCCAUGUGCGGCGACAAGCUCGAGGAGGCCAAGAAGCAGGAGAAGCGUGGGCUGGCGGCGGCGCCCGCCCUCGCACCUUCCAUCGGCGGCCUCGGCUACGGCGGCAGCCUGGGAUACUCCAACUUCGGCUACUCGGGACUGUCUAGCGGCAUCUACGCCCCGUCAGCGUACUCCGGCUACGGCGGACUUAGCGGCUACAACCUCGGCGGUCUCGGCUACUCCGGCCUCGGCUACUCCGGCUACUCUGGCGCCGGCCUCGGCUACGCCGCCGGCCCCAUCGCCCACCACGGCGGCCAGCACACCGUCAGCACCGUCGACCAGGCCGUGCCCUACGCCGUGCCCCAGCCCUACCCCGUCACCGUCGACCGUCACGUCCCCGUGCCCGUGCCCCAGGCCGUGCCCGUCGACAACCCCAGGCCCGUGCCCUACGCCGUGCCCCAGCCCUACCCCGUGAGCGUGCCCCGUGCCGUGCCCGUCGACGUGCCCCGUGCCGUCCCCUACCCCGUCGCCCAGCCCGUGCCCUACAAGGUGGCCCAGCCUGUGCCCUACAGGGUUGCCCAGCCCGUGCCCGUCCAGAUCAACCAGGCCGUCCCCGUGCCCGUGCCCCAGGCUGUGCCCGUCCCCGUUGAGCCCGCCUACAAGCAGAUCUCCUACGGUGUUGCUGCCCCCCAGAUCGCCUACUCCUCCCACGCCGCCCACGGCUACGCCGCUCCUGCAUACGCCGCCCACUCCUACGGUUCCGUCGCCGCCCCCUCCCUGGAGUACGCCAGCCACGCCGCCGCUCCCGUCAAGAACUGGUAGAGCCGCAGCGCCACCACGCAUCCCCGCAAGACUGAUCGUCAUCCACAACUCAUCCUUUGUUACUUCAUCCUCAUCACAUCGUGCAACUAGUCCCAUUUGUAAUGGUUGUUGUUGACAAAUAUAGAAACGUUUCUAUUAUUUAAAAAAAUGAU